AAAUCCAUCUUUGCUCGGGGAUUUUCAGGGAUUCCAGGAUCCAAUGGCAUACCAGGAAUGCCGGGAAUUCCUGGGUCCCCGGGGUUGCAAGGACAACAGGGAAAAGAUGGAGCCAAGGGAGAGCCUGGUGCCAAGGGACCAAGAGGCAUGACAGGGACAAGAGGAGAAAAAGGAAAUCAAGGGUCACGUGGUAAAAAUGGUGCACCUGGAAUGAUGGGAAUAAAAGGAGAUAAAGGCAAUGAAGGGUCACAUGGUAGCAGUGGCCCGCCAGGAAUGAAGGGUGUGAAAGGAGAACUGGGGCCUAAGGGAGAGAAAGGAGAAAGUGUGAAUAGUGCAGUGUCACAGACCAACUGGAAACAGUGUGUGUGGAAAAAAGAUGAUGGUAGAGAAAGUGGAAAGAUCAAGGAUUGCUCAUUUAACAAGCUGCAGUCUGAUACAGCCAUUAAAGUCUCAUUCCAAGGAAAUAUGAGAGUCUCUGGCAGUAAUAAAUGUAACCGGUGGUUCUUCAAGUUUAAUGGAAAUGAAUGCAGUGGACCAAUGACAAUUGAAGCUGUUGUGUAUAGCUAUUGGCCAUCUGGGAGUCCCAAUCUGCAUUAUCACAGAUCACUUGAGGGAUACUGUGAAAACAUCCUACAGGGCAGGGUUAAUGUGGAAUUAUGGGUAGGAAAGUGUUCCAGUGGCCAUACACAAGGUAAUGCUCACACUGGAUGGCAAUCAGUAUCCCGGAUAAUGAUAGAAGAAGUGUCUAGAGCCCAGCCCUAG